AUGGACGAUGAGUUUUUAAUUUGUGCCAAGAUAAUUGAAUUUUUUUGGCUUCUCUUAGCAUUCGUCUUCUUUUUUUUUGCUGUUUAUGCAAAAUUCAGAUUGAAAAAGGAUAUUCAUUUAGACAUCGAGAAUUUGAAUUCGAAUCACGCAUCAGUUAAAUAUUAAAUUCCUUCUUAAUAAGGUGAUGCACAAGAUAUUCAUAUGGCAGAUUAAAAUGUUUCAAAUUCUGGAUAAUUAUAAUCAAAUAUAUAAUAAAAUAGAGAACCACCUGUAUAUUUAAAAAUAAAUAUUAGACAAAAUUAGAAGAAUUUUACAAGAAAUCAUUAAUUAUAACAAGUAGAAUAUUUCCACAACUAGCUAUUGUGAUUAUUUGCAUCUUAAAUGGGUUUACUUAUGCUUUUGCAUUAGCUUGCUUUAUAAUAUAUUUUAUUUGCAUCAUUCUAUUUAAUAUACUUUAGUUGUAAGAUCGUUUAGAAUCUUAAAGAAUUAAAAGUAUUUUAAAUUAAUUAUAAUUUGAGAUAUGUUUAAGUUAUCAAAUAACAUUUGCUUAUUAUGUCUAUUCAUAAAUUAUUUAGCUAUUUGA